AUUAUGUAUUAUCAGCUUCUCAUGUUAACUAAGAUAACUCUGUAUUUAUUACCAUAUACGGAUUGAAUCAAAAUGAAGAAGCAAGAACAGAGCUGAGCAGUAGAUGCGUGGAUACUGACUGACAAGCCUUACUCUCAUCGAUCCAUUCAUUCGGUUAAAUGGCAAAUAGAGCUCAAAUUCCCACAAAAAAUUCAGCACUCAUUGCUAUGAUCGCAGAUGAGGAUACUGUUGUUGGAUUUCUGCUGGCUGGAGUGGGUAAUGUUGACUUGCGAAGGAAGACAAAUUAUCUUAUUGUAGAUUCAAAAACAACUGUGAAACAAAUUGAAGAUGCAUUCAAAGAGUUCACAACUAGGGAAGAUAUUGCAAUUGUGUUAAUAAGCCAAUAUGUUGCAAACAUGAUAAGAUUUUUAGUUGAUAGCUACAACAAGCCUGUUCCUGCAAUAUUGGAGAUUCCUUCGAAGGAUCAUCCUUAUGAUCCUGCCCAUGAUUCAGUUCUUUCACGAGUGAAGUACCUCUUCUCUGCGGAAUCUGUGGCUUCUGGGAGACGCUAAGCUCCUAGUUUAAAGUUUUUUUUUUUUUUUUUUUUAAGAUAUGUGCUUUGUUAUUGGUUAUUGUAGAUUGAGACUAUCCUCUGUCACCUUGUGAGUUAAAUUGUAAGCCAAAUAUUCGUGAUUAUUAUUCGAAUAAAUUAUAUGAUACUGCUGUGGUAAUUAUGAAUUUGCAUCA